AUGUCCGAAUAUGCAUCUAGUAUCCAUUCUCAAAUGAAACAAUUCGAUACCAAGUACUCUGGUAACAGAAUUUUACAGCAAUUAGAAAAUAAGACUAAUUUGCCUAAAUCUUACUUAGUUGCUGGUUUGGGUUUCGCUUAUCUCCUUAUGAUUUUCAUUAAUGUGGGAGGUGUAGGUGAAAUUCUUUCCAACUUUGCCGGGUUUGUAUUGCCAGCAUACCUAUCAUUGGUUGCUUUGAAGACACCAACUGCCACCGAUGACACACAACUCUUGACCUAUUGGAUUGUAUUCUCAUUUUUGAGCGUCAUCGAAUUCUGGUCCAAGGCAAUUUUAUAUUUGAUUCCAUUCUACUGGUUUUUGAAAACUGUUUUCUUAAUCUACAUUGCUUUGCCUCAAACUGGCGGCGCUAGAAUGAUCUAUCAAAAGAUUGUGGCUCCAUUGACUGACAGAUAUAUCCUAAAAGACGUUAGUAAGACAGAAAAGGAUGAAAUUAGAGCCUCCGUCAAUGAAGCUUCAAAGGCUACAGGUGCUUCUGUUCACUAA